CUUUGCUGGGACCAAGUACGAUACUGCUUGACUUUGUAUCUUUUCACUGGUAGGCAGGUGGAGGGGAACGCUCCAAUACCUCUACCCUGUCCCCAGUUUGGCAUUAAGGCGCGCAGAGCAUCUUGUCACUUUAAUCUCGAAAAAGAAAAAGCAACUGAGGUUCAGAUCCUGUCAAGAGAGACGUCCACCGUGGCAGAUUCGCUCUCAGGACAACCUCCUCCUCCCCACCCCACACGGAGGGAAUUCACCCUCGGGGCCGCCCCGCCUCGCUCUCUCCCACCGCCCUGCGGCGCCCGUGGGAAGAAGGACACAUGUUCCCCGCAGACGGUCCCUGGGGUGCCGCGGCUCUCAGGGUGCGCAGUGGGACCCGGCCAAGCUGGCCCUCCGGCCCCUGGCCUGCGCCUGGGGGGCAGGGGAGCCGCGGGUCGAGGAAGGAGUGAGAGUGGCGCCUGGGUGACCGAUCGCCCCGAAGAAAGUCCCGAGAAAGUGUGACCCCUGCGCUAGGGAGAGGCGAGGCGGGUGCGCAGGAAGAUGCCGAGAUGGGACCGGGAAACAACACCCCCCUCGCCCCGCCCAAGCCACCCACUUGUGUCUCUCAGCCUGAAGUUCCCCGAGAGCGGCCGAAGGACCCCAAAGGCUGUGCUGCGUCUCCUUGAACCCCUAGCCGCCCCAGCGUCACCACUCUUGUGGGGGCUUCGCGUUCCCUCCCGGGUUUCGGAGCCACCACGUGACUUCCACGAAGCGCAGGGCCCCCGGAAAGCCGCGGCAGGGAGCCCAGAGGAUGAUGACCGGAAGGUCCGAAGGAGAGAAAAAAACCGAGUUGCUGCUCAGAGAAGUCGGAAGAAGCAGACCCAGAAGGCUGACAAACUCCACGAGGAGUACGAGUGCCUGGAGCAAGAGAACACUGUGCUGCGGAGAGAGAUCGGGAAGCUGACGGAGGAGCUCAAGCACCUGAGCGAGGCACUGAAGGAGCACGAGAAGAUGUGCCCGCUGCUGUGCCCCAUGAACUUUGUGCCACUGCCACGGCCGGACCCUGUGGCUGGCUGCCUGCCCCGAUGAAGCCCGAGGAUCGUCCUCCUCUGCCGACGGAGGAGCCUUGGUCUUUUUCACACCUGGGCAAGGCGGGGAGGAGGGUUCCCUCUGCAUCUGUGUCCAGGGGGACCGGGGCCAGGUCACCUCCUCGGAGCUCCUGGCCGUGUCCUCAGUGGACGGCUCCGCAGGACGCUCCCGCAGGCGCCUCUCAGAGCCCUGAGCGGAUCCGGGCAGGGAGGCCACCCUCAGGAGUCACCUCGAUCUGCUUUGGCAGCUAGUAGUUUCCGUGCUGUGCAGAAUUAUUUCCUCUAGAAUUUGGAUAAUAAAGAUGGUUAUGGUC